UCUCUCCUUCCGGGCUGUCACAUAUGGUAGAGGUACCAGGAAGGCUUCCACCCCUCUGAGAACCAGGAGGCUAAACCAGGAGCAGCAGGGCCAAGGUGACCAUUGGCUAGGUAAAGACUCAAGGCACCAGACGAACCAUCUCACCUUCUCCACUGAAGCAAAGAAAUAGGAGCCCUGAGCCCUCAGGUUACCACUGACCCCACGCCUCCCAUCACUGGACAGGAUGAGAGUGUCAGGUCUGAUUCGCCUCUCUGCCCUCCUCUUUGCCCUGGUAGCCUUGUGGAUCUUCCUUCGCAACUCCUCCAGCUUCAGCCGGAAAACUAUCCGUCUGCCACGCUGGCUGGCAGGCAAGGCCCCUCCGGAGAUACGGGUGGAAAAGAACAAGUGUGGGCUCAGCAAGCCCUGCCCAGACAACUUCUUUGCGUUUAAAAUCUGCAGUGGGGCUGCCAACGUCGUGGGCCCUUCCAUAUGCUUUGAAAAUGAGAUUAUCAUGAGUCCUGUGAAGAACAACGUGGGCAGAGGCCUGAACGUCGCUCUGGUGAACGGAAGCACAGGGCACAUGCUGAGACAGGGCUCCUUCGACAUGUACUCUGGAGAUCCCAAACUCCUACAGAAAUUCCUUGUAGAAAUCCGGGAGGGUGUGCUGGUGCUGGUGGCCUCCUAUGAUGACCCAGGGACCAAAAUGAAUGACGAAAUCAGGAAGCUCUUCUCCAACUUGGGGAGCGUCUAUGCCAAGAAUCUGGGCUUCCGGGAUAGCUGGGUCUUCUUAGGGGCCAGAGACCUCAAGAACAAAAGCCCCUUUGAGCAGUUCUUGAAGAAUAGCCCAGACACCAACAAAUAUGAGGGAUGGCCAGAGCUGCUGGAGCUGGAGGGCUGUGUGCCCCAGAAGGUAUUCUAGGCCAGCCCUUCCUGGGCCAGGAGCCCAAAGAACUUUCUGGCUGACUUGGGAGCAGAGCUCAGGGUGGGCUGCUGCUGCGCCAGCAGGGACAGAUCCGGAGGAAGAGGAGGAAGUAGCUGUGUGGACAGUGCUCGCUGCCCUGCACAUAUGAACGGCCACCCCUCUGCAACAACGAAGUGUCCCCUGUCCUUUGUCCCCUGCCCCCCCUCCCUCUGCCUGGCGAUGACAGCGUCAGGGCUCUGUGGAGAGAACAGGGGUUCUCUGUCAGGGA